AUGCUGGACGCUGAUAAGGUGCCGCGCACUCUACCUCCAGGAGUGUGGACAGAGCAGAUCCGGAAGUACGAGGCAGUCCAGAUUCAUGGCAGGUCCAGGGUGUUCCCUCAGCAGAAGCUCCUCGGGGCUGAGUCUUCAUUGGCUAAGUUGUGGCACCAGCUGAAGGUUACGAGGGACUUUGCCCCUCUUCCCUUGGGAGAGAUCAUGAGCAGGCGUUCGUUUGACGCCACGGGGGCAGUGAAUGCGCUGUCCAAGCGUAAGCUUAGCAAGGAGUUGGUUGUGGAUGAAGCUGAGGAUUCUUGGGAGCCGCGAUCAAUGCUUGCAGUCAUUGAUGCUUUGGAUGCAUUGCGGUGGGCUUACAUACUCUUAGAGUACGGACAUGAAUUUGAUGUUGGAGCCCUCUUCGACGAUUUCAUCCACAAGGCCCGCCAGCGACCUCAGCAACUGGAUGCUUUCAGGUCCUACUACGAGUCUGCUAGUUGGAAGCUCUGCCGGGAGCUCCGCGCGGGGCGCACCUUUGCAGAAUCGGUUGCAGCUGUUCGCGAGGCGUCGGGGGCCAAAGGCGAAGGCAAGAAGCGCAAGCAGACUGAGGAGAGCCCCCGCAAGGCGGAUGACAACCGCAAGCGCCAGGUUUCUUCGGCGCCGAGCGAGAGCUCGGUGGCAAAGCGUCCACCACCGCCUCCCCCACCCCCGCCCGAACAGGUGGACACGGUGGGCCAGUCUUCAUCGGUGCCGGCCUCAUCAUCGGACUCAAGGCCGGAAGGGCAAGGUGCAGCAGCAGCCAGCUUACCUCAGUCUGUGAUUCACUUGGACUUCUUUUCUGGAGUGGGUUCAGCCACGCUGGCGCUUCAGAGGCUUGGUGUUUCGGUUCGUCAUGUGUUGUCUUGGGAGAUUGAUGAGGCGGCCAUUGCGGUCGCAAGAAGGUCUUCUAGGAAGACGACGAAAACCCAAAGGGGCAGCUUGUUGGACGACAGCCCAGCAGGAGCUGCUAGGGCGGUCGAACAGAUUCCAGGUGGGGCGGCAGAUUUGCUGGUGAUUACGGCGGCGGCGUCUUGCCCCGACUUCAGUCGGAUUCGCUCUGACAGCGGACCCGGGCGGCAUGGCCCGUCCGGCAACCUUUUCGUGCACUUCACCACGUUCAUCCGCUCACUGCUGAACCUCUUGCCCGGGAGGCGGGCAAGUCUGCUCGUUGAAAAUGUGGUGAUGCACAACCCUGCGGACACGCAAUGGUUUUGCAAGCAGUUGGAUGCUGAAGUUGUUUUGGCUGAUGCUGCGGAUUACGGCGCAGUUCAUAGGCCACGACUAUGGUGGUCGUGGACCGAUUGGACAUCCGUUAGGACAUACCCUGGAGGCAAGUCGGAGAUCAAGUGGAAGAAGCAAGGCAAAGUUGCCCAGUUGAUUUUGGAUGUUCCCAAAGAUUCCAUGCAGGACUUGCAGCCCGAGGGGUUAGUUUUUCAUGAGAAGGUUCUCAUGGGUGAGGUUUUGCUACCUUGCCUGACGACCCCAGCCAUCGAAGAGGGCUCCAGGGUCUCUGAGAAGGAUCGUCAUCGCCUCUUGGGCAACUCUUGGCACAUGGGGGUGGCCACGGAGAUGAUGCGAUUUUCUCUGUUGUUUGGCGUGCGGUCCUUGCCGGGGCCGUACGCCCCGGAUGCGAGCGACGUGUCCGGGGUUAGGGAUCUGGAGUCGGCUCAGCAGUUGGCCGGUCGACAUCCAUUGUCCAUGCAGCGGAAAGCUGAAACAAGUGUACACAUUGACAUGCAACCCGCUGUUGACAUGUGGGAUCACUGGCAUUUGUCUGCUGAAGCUGUGCAUCCAUUACACCAGCGCCUCACUCUAGAACCCGCCAUCGAGCUUACAUUGCAGCGAUUGCUAAAGUUCAAACCCGAGAGGCUUGCCGAAUUUCGACGGCAGGUCUUGUGUGAUAUCAAACGACGUAAGCAAGAGAUGACAAGUCACACUCAAGAAUGGUUCGCAUCGUUGGAACCACAUGUCCAACAGGCAUAUACUUUACCGGAUGGCGGCAUUGUUCAGAUUCCUUUGUUUCUUGAGCUCCUCCGAGGUUGUGCCUAUCCGGAAGUUGACGCGCUGGCAGAGGCGCUCUCUCGAGGCUUUCCUGUCUUGGGACGCAUCGAGCCAUCACCAGGCUGGAGGCCUCGUUUGGAUGACCGGUACGAUCAUCCGAUUACUCAGUCGGCUUUUGACUCUCUGAAUAAGCAGCAUGUGAUUGAGAAACUGCGCAAAGGCAGAGUUGAUGCAGAGUGGGAGGCCCUACUUAAUGAGAUUCUUCAGGAAGUUGCUUUAGGUCGGAUGUCCGGCCCUUAUGCUGCGCCCAGCGAUUGGCCACGUCAGUGUGUGCCAGUCGCCUCUCAUCAGGAUUUUUCUGUCUGUCUGCCGGCGCAAGAAGAUGCGAAGGUUGCUGCGGCAUUCUCCGUGGUGCAACAGGGCAGCGAUGGCUCGCGCAAGGUCAGACGCUGCGAAGAUUACAGAAGGAGUGGGCAUAAUGCUACCGUUCACGUUUCGGAUGUUCCUGCUCACGACGAUAUCGAUAAGUGUGUGCAGAUCCUCUUAAGACUGAAUGCUGCAGGCCAUUCUUCAGAACUCUGGUGUCAGGACCUGCAGGUGGCUUAUCGCCAGUUUCCUGUUCAGGAGACAAGUCAUGCUGUUGCUUUGCUGCUUACACCAUCGGGGCCAACUCUUUGGCGUCACGGUGUUUUACCGUUUGGCGCGGCAUCCUCAGUGUGGUGUUUCAAUAGGUGCGUGGAUGCAUUGACUUAUUUGGCAAGAAGUCUGCUGCUGAUUUUGGUGAUUCAUUUCGUGGAUGACAUCGGUUGUCCUGAUGCUCGGCAUAGCGCGGCCAGCAGUUUCGCAAGUUUUACUGAGCUGUGUGAACUUUUGGGCAUGCGACUCAAGCCGUCUGCUGCGCAGGUCCCUGCGGUUAGGCAUAAGCUGUUAGGUGUUUUUCUGGAAGUUUGCCUCGAGGGUGUAAGCCUCGCACCUGCCACUGAUCGGAUUCAGAAGGUCUUGCAAGUCAUCCAACAGGCGUUACAGGAUGACUGCCUCGAGCCGGUGGUGGCCCAGCGGCUUACAGGCAAGCUGAACUUCAUCUCGACGACCCUUUUUGGUCAGGCGGCAGCCGCUGCGAUGAAGCCGUUGUAUUCACGGGCUCAUGACUGCAAUUCUCAGACGGCAAGUCAGCUGAAUCAGCCUCUGCGGUGUGCGCUCCGUUCCUUGCAGACUUUGUUGCGAAGCCCGAGCCCUCGCUGGGUUCCCUUUGAGCCCGCGACUCAGUCGUCCGCCGUCCUGUACGCUGAUGCUUUCUUCGAGUUGGGGGAUAAAGCCUUUGGCUUGUCCGACGAGCCACCGGAGAAUUGGUAUUCGACCAGCUUUCGGAGAUAUCGGAACGGGUGGGGCUUCGUCGUUCGCUGCCAUUCUGUAAUUCGUUUUGCACACGGAAGUGUGCCCAACGACGUGCUCGCACUGUUUACACCGCGGCGCGCAUACAUUUACUGUUUGGAAAUUUUCCGCCAAAUUCUGGCAGCCUUGACAUGCCGAGACAUCCUCCCGAAGGUCUGGGUGGGCUUCUGCGAUAAUAUGGCUGGCCGAUCAGCGCUGGUUCGUGGCUACGGCCGCGAUGCCACGAUCAACAACCUUCUGGCUUGUUUUUGGGCAGUGGCUCGACUCUUGGAAUGGCAGCCACAUUUCGAGUGGAUGGCCAGUGAUCUGAAUAUCGCUGACCCUUUCUCUCGCGGCGAUUGCUCGAUUGGCAGAUCUCGUCAUUGGCACGAGCUGGCGUCCCCGAUGGACGCGCUGUGGCCAAUCUUCAAGCGGGUGGCUACAGACCUCGAGUACGCGCUGGAGGUGGCGCCGAAGGCUUUGCUACAGUUGGAGUGGCGUUUUCUUCCUGGGGGCGGUUUUGCCUCGACUUUGGACGGGCAGGGGGCUGAGACGAGGCGGCAGUAG